UAAUAUCUUACAGUUUUUAGUUUUUAUUUUCUUUAUUGCAACCAAAAUCCAUUAGUGUUUCUAUGUCCCUUGUUGCAACAUUACUGAUGCGAUAACUUUCAAUCAUUUACUAAAAGUAGUUGAAGCGAGAUGGUGGUUGGCAGUUCACACGCGAAUGUUAAAGUGCCUCAGGCGAAUUAUGUCAAAUAUAUUUUGGACACAAUUCAAGGAUUUGGGGAUUCUAUUGGUUGGAUCGAUGAAGACGCAAAUGGAAAGGCUUAUUCUUUCGCGAACAUUCGAGAAUCGAUUUUGAAAUGCGCGGACUCUCUUCAUAGAGAUGGUAUACAAAGUGGUGACGUCAUUGGAGUGAUGUCACACAACACUCCUGAUCAGAGGAUUUUGGUUUUAGCUGCGAUAUAUUGCGGUGCUGUUGUGUACCCAUGCAAUCAUCUGUACACACAGGCUGAACUUACAAGAAUGUUUGAGAUCAAACAACCAGAUGCUUUCAUUGUUGCGUCACAAUUCGUUGACAAAGUGAAUGACGUCAAAGGGAAAGUACCUGAGGAUAAAAUUUACGUCAUAGGGGAAUCUAGAACACAUAAAACAUUCAAACAAUUGCUCGACAAUGGAUCCGAAAAAUGCGACAUUAUGACGUGUGAUGACGACACAACCAUACUACUUAUGCAUUCAAGCGGAACAACAGGGACGCCGAAGUUGGUUCAAGUCAACGGAUAUGCCUUGCUUGCCUCGCUUAUACUGGCUGCAGCGACUUCGCAACACCAACGUUCUAGUAUCGUAUACGUUGUGUCUCCAAUGUUUCAUCUCGGUUCAAUCUUCGCGACCCAUGGGCUUCUGGUUCAAGGUUCAACUCAUGUACUCGCAUCCAACCCCACGGCCCCAUCCAUGCUGCAGGCUGUGCAGAAGUAUAAGGUGACAAAUAUCGGCGCGUUACCUCCAUUGUUGCUCGAAAUCGUCAAUAGUGACGUCACAAUGGAUUAUGACGUCACAUCGCUGAAAUCCGUGACCACUGGAGGCGCUCCGUCAUCCGAAGAAUUUAAACUGAAAUUGAGAAAGAAAUUGAACAACGCUUUCGUGGCUGAAGGGUACGGCCAAACCGAAGCCGGGAUACUGACGUCAUCAAAUCCCCGAUCAGCGAAAAACUCACAAGGAUUUCUCGUGCCCAACACCACCAUGAAGGUUGUAGAUUGCACGACAGGAAAUGACGUAGGAGCUGAUGUUUAUGGAGAAUUGAGGUUUAAAGGACCACAGGUAAUAUCUCGCGGUUACGUCGGUAACGAGGAAGCGAACAAAGCUCUUUUUGAUGACGACGGUUGGUUAAGAACAGGUGACCUCGGUUGCUAUGACAACGAGGGUAAUGUCUACGUCACUGGGAGGAUUAAAGACGUCAUAAAGUAUAAAGGAGUACAGGUUGCACCCGCUGAACUUGAAGGUGAACUCCACAAACUGCCGGGUGUUGCCGAUGUCGCUGUUGUUGGGGUGAAAGAUGAAGUGGGGUACGGUGGGGAAGUCCCUAAAGCGUUCAUUGUACGUAACGGUGACGUCACUGAGGAUGGUGUCACUAGGUUCUUGAAAGAUCGAUUGGCCGAUUACAAACAACUACGAGGGGGAGUCGUGUUCGUGGAUAAGUUGCCCAAGACAGCGACCGGGAAAAUACAAAAGCGGAAGUUACGUCAACCCGAGGAAGAAAAAUAGAAAUCCAUGUUUGAAAAUAAUUGUGAUUAAUAAAGUUGAUUGUGAGCACAAAGUAAUGAAUAAAAUAUCUAAUUUUCGUGGUAA